GAGCUAUCAGUUGCCAGGCGCGCAUCCCUAGCACUGUCAGGACGUCUAAGUUACAUACACAACAAACCUGCAUUGAACCAUGACUGAUCAAAACACAUUCCACUUCCAGCUCAAAGUGUUGCUUAUCAUUUUGUCCAUUGGAUUAAACAUAUUUUUUGCACAUCAGUUUUAUUUUUGUUGUCAUGAAGGAUCAAUGAAAGCCAAAAUUUUUACAACAGUUAAAAAGAAGCCUCUGGAAAAUGACACAAUCCUACUGAUAUGGCUGGGGCCAUUUGGAAAAAAGUUUGACUUGAAUUCCUGCAGUGCCAAAUUUAACAUAGACGGCUGUUAUUUAACUGACGACAAAGAACUCUACAGCAAGGCCCAUGGAGUGCUGAUAAAUCACAGAGACAUUAAGAACGACCUGUCAAAUUUACCUCCAGAACCAAGGCCCUUCUUCCAGAAAUGGAUAUGGAUGCACUUUGAGUCCCCACGAAACACAAGGAGACAUAAUGGUCUGAACAACCUGUUUAAUGUGACACUAAAUUACCGGCGAGAUGCUGAUAUUGCCAUUCAUGAGCAAAUGAUGCUUAAAACCGAAGAUAAAGAGGAUUCGAUAUUCCCACAAGUUCUGGAGAAAAAGGACAAGUUAGUUUGUUGGGUCGUGAGCAAUUGGAAUGAUGCGUUUAAACGAGUAAAAUACUAUAAUGAACUGAAAAAUCACAUUAACAUUCAUGCGGUUGGGCGUCAUUUUGGAAAAUCUCCAAGUUAUGAAGAAUACAAAGAAAUAUUGACAAGUUGUAAGUUUUAUUUAUCAUUUGAGAACACGGACCUUCAUUAUGACUAUAUAACAGAAAAGCUGUACAAUCCACUCAAUCUGGGAUCAGUGCCAGUGGCUCUUGGCCCUCCAAGAUACAUAUAUGAAAGAUUUGUGCCAAAAGAUGCUUUUAUCCACGUAGAUGAUUUCUCCAGCCCCCAAGAACUGGCUAAAUAUCUGCUGACACUGGACAAGAAUGUUGAAGAGUACAAAAAGUAUUUUAAUUGGAGAAAAAGCUUUGAAGUGAAACUUGUCGAUUAUCCAGCACAACAUGCGUGCCGUGCCUGUCAGUACAUACGUAUGAAGAAGGACUAUCAAGUUUUUGUAAAUCUUAACAACUGGUAUUGGGAUUCCAUAAACAUGGACAACUAAAUGCCUUUGCUAACACUGGUAAUAAAACCUUCUGACAGAUUGUUUGGUUUAUAUUUUUAAUAUUGAAAGUGAUUUAAAGUCUUUAUUUCUGAUGCACUAAAACCAAUCACUGGUGAUUUCUGUGAUAGCAAAUGAUGAUAUAUCUCGGCAGUCAUUGUCUUUCAACAACCAAUUUAUUUAUCCAAUCCUCUGUAAAGUAGGGAUACACUGAAUGUUCGGCAAAACUAUUUGGAUAAAAAAGCACUAUAGCGUAGUCGGCCAAACAGCAAAAGUCUGCAGAGGCGAAAAAAUGUGAUGAUUUAUUUUUGUUAAACAGAUUUUUGUAAAAAUUAAUAAUAUUUUGUAAAAGUGUCGGUCUAAACAUUUGGAGGAAAGUUUCCUGGACAGGGUUUAGA